AUGGUGGGCAAAGACUGCGUAGCCAUAGCCUGCGAUCUCCGUCUCGGUCUCCAAUCCCUCACCGUCUCCAACAACUUCCCCAAGAUCUUCUCCUACGGCGACGUCUAUCUCGGCCUAACCGGUCUGGCAACCGACGUAUCCACAGUCAGCGAUCUCUUCCGCUACAAAGUCAACAUGUACCGCCUACGCGAAGAGCGGAACAUCUCUCCCUCCACGAUGGCGAACUUGGUCAGCAGCAGUCUGUACGAGAAGAGAUUCGGGCCAUAUUUCGUCAGUCCAGUGGUUGCAGGUAUUGAUCAGAAGACGGGAAAGCCAUUUAUUUGCGGGUUUGAUAGUAUUGGGUGUAUCGAUUUUGCGAAGGACUUUAUUGUCGCGGGGACGGCCAGUGACCAGCUCUUUGGUACUUGUGAGGGCCUUUGGGAGCCGGAUCUGGAACCCGAGGAUCUCUUCGAGACCAUUUCGCAAGCGUUGCUGAAUGCGGUGGACAGAGAUGCGUUAUCGGGUUGGGGUGCGCAUGUUUACGUUAUCGAGAAGGACAAGGUCACAAAGCGGUUAUUGAAGGGCCGACAAGACUAA